AUGUCGACGAUUGUUCCUCCUGGCACCGGUCAGCCCGAUUACAAUCGAGGCCCCGAAAUAGCCGGGGCGGUGGUAUCAACGACUCUCGCUGCAUUGGUUGUAGUUUUGGCAAGGAUAUUCGUGCGUGUCCGCAUGACCAGGAGCAUCGGCACUGAUGACUAUGUUAUGCUUGCAGCUAUGCUUCUCUCUUUGACUGGAAUGGGAAUUGUCAUCGCUCAGGUUCAGUAUGGAGCUGGUCGCCAUGCGGUGUAUCUAGACCCCGAAGUGAAUCGAUUCGGCCUCAAACUGAAUUUCAUCUCACAGCCCAUAUACCUUUGGGCUAUUCCUAUGGUCAAGGUGUCAGUGGGGUUCUUCUUGAUACGAAUCAGCCCUUCGGUUUACUAUAAACGUAUCUUACAAGGAGUGAUGACCUUCCUUAUCGCUUAUACCUUUGUCUGCUUCAUGACGUUGAUGUUACAAUGCAAAAACUUAGCAAUACUAUGGGAUUCUCGCGUCGAGACAACAUGCUGGUCACAAUCAACGCUUCAAGGCUUAAGUUAUGCUAACUCAACCGUCAAUAUCGUAACCGACAUAUUCUUCGCUCUACUACCGAUCCCGAUGCUUUGGAAUGUUAAGAUCAAUGCUCGAACCAAAGCUUCACUAAUCUGCGUUUUAGGCCUCGGUGUAUUUGCAUGCGCUGCUGCUAUUGUGAAAGCUGCGUUUAUCACUAAUUAUGGAAAAACCGGCGAUUUUCUUUGGGACUCCGCCAACCUGACAAUUUGGAUAGCAACCGAAACGAACGUGGGGAUCAUUUCUGGCAGUUUGCCCUGUGUUAAGCCGAUGUUUAAGAAAGUCUUCGACAGCUCGCUACGAUACGGAUCUUCGCGCAAGAAAGACGAAUACGACCUCCGUGCCUAUGGUCGCGGUACCAAUCCAAAGGGCUCGAGAUAUAUACAGUCACAAACGGGAAACGGGAUCGUUCGAAGCGGGGCCGUUCCUAAUAGCUUGGCGGACAACAUCAGCGAGGAGAGCAUCCUGACCCAAAAGCCUAAUGAGAUCACCAAGACUACCGUCAUAACAAUCGAUCGAGGUGUCGAUGAUCGAGGCGAAGCCUCAGGUGAAGUCGCAGGAUGGCAGAAGGACUACCCCGAGCGAGUCGUAGAAGAUAGACUAUGA